CUCAGACCUCCGCCCAACAUGGUGAAGCCGGCUGGACUGUCUCUGCUGCUGCUGUCUGCGCUGCUCCAGGCGGUGGAGUCCUACCCCAACAUGGAGGCCCCCAACAUGGGCUGUGAGGAAUGCUCGCUGCAGAAGAACGACCUGUUCACGCUGGACCAGCCCAUCUACCAGUGCAAGGGCUGCUGCUUCUCCAGGGCGUACCCCACGCCGCUCCGGGCCAUGGACACCAUGCUCAACCGCAAGAACAUCACGUCGGAGGCCACGUGCUGCGUGGCCAAGCACAGCUACGAGGUGAGAGUGAACGAGCUGAAGCUGAGGAAUCAAACCGAGUGCCACUGCAGCACCUGCCUGCACCACCAGAUCUGACAGGAGCCUCUCAGCCUGAACACGCCUCCCGUCUCUCUCUCCAAGCGUCUGGUUCUGAGCUGCCAGAUGAU